AUGAGGAACCUCAUCGUCGCUGCCUUUGCCGCUGGCAUCUCUGCAUGGACCUACACCCCAAACAUUACAUACUCGGCGGCCAUCUCGGUCAAUGCAUUCCAGAAGUAUCAGACCAUGAUCGGUGGUGGAUGUUCAGGUGCAUUUGGCAUUGCAUGUCAACAGUUCGGCUCCGUUGGACUCUCUCCAGCAAAGCAAGAACUCGUCACUCAAAUUCUCUUUGAUGAGAACAUCGGGGGAUUGUCGAUUGUUCGCAACGAUAUCGGGUCAACUCCAGGUCAUAUUCGUGGGGACGUCGCAUCCAUUCUCCCAGUCUGCCCGCCAACCCCAGCAGGACCGUUCAAUUAUGUCUGGGACGAAAACGAUACAUGCCAACUGCAGCUUACUCAGACGGCACUCAAGUACAACCCCAACAUUUAUGUGUAUGCCGAUGCCUGGUCUGCUCCCGGGUGUAUGAAGACAGUUGGCACAGAAGAUGAAGGCGGUCUCAUCUGCGGCGUUAGAGGCAGCAGCAACUGCAGUGGUGACUGGAGACAAGCCUAUGCCGACUAUCUGGUGCAAUACGUCAAGUUCUACGAGGAGGAAGGCAUUGAAGUCUCACUACUCGGCGCUUACAACGAACCGGACUUCAAUCCUGUCACGUAUGCUUGCAUGGAGUCCGACGGCUAUCAAGCAAAGGAUUUCCUGGAGAUCUUGUAUCCGACAGCAAAAGCGGCUUUUCCCAAUAUCAGUGUUGCGUGCUGCGACGCCACUGGUGCUCGACAGGAGAGGAACAUUUUGUACGAGCUGCAACAAGCAGGCGGUGCGGAUCUCUUUGAUGUUGCUACAUGGCACAACUAUCAAAGCAAUCCUGAGAGACCGUUCAACUCUAAUGGAAAGCCGAAUCUGAUGACCGAGUGGGCUGAUGGCUCUGGACCAUGGAACGCCAACUGGGAUGUGUCUGGACAGCUCGCCGAGGGAUUCCAAUGGGCGAUGUACAUGCACAACGCCUUCGUGAACUCAGACACCUCGGGGUACACGCACUGGUGGUGCGCGCAGAACACGACGGGCGACAACGCCCUGAUCAGGCUCGACUACGACGAUUACUUCGUGUCGGCCCGCCUAUGGGCGUUUGCGUCGUACUUCCGCUUCGCGCGCCCGGGCUCCGUGCGCAUCGGGGCGACGAGUAGCGCCGAGAACGUCUAUGUCAGUGCCUACGUCAACGUGAACGGCACCGUCGCCAUCCCCGUCAUCAACGAGGCGCACUUCCCUUACCAGCUGACCAUCAAUCUGAGCGGGAUCAAUGCCUCCACCGCCACGGCCUAUCUGACGGAUAACGAGCACAAUGUGACAAUGGUCGGGCAGACGCCGAUUAGUGGGACGUUCGAGGCGACCGUGGAGCCGAGGGCGAUGAAGACAUUCUUCUUGAGCUAG